AGUAUCAGAACAGAAUGUCUGUGUAUGGUAGAUGCUUUUUGUUUCUCCCGUUUUCCCCAACUAAAAUGUAAAAGAAACAAUAGUUUUUAAUUUUAGCUCUAAUAAAAUAAGCAUGAGUUGUAAUGUAGGAAGAUGGAGUAGCAGAAUAACUAUGAAGUCCCUGCGUUUAUUGCAAAAUGAUGCUGUCUGCAUACGCCAAGUUUAUUGUUCGCCGUUCCUACGUGAUUCUUCUCAUUGUAAGUGUGAUUUCAACGAUACUCACUGUAAUUCCAUUAGUUUGUCAUACCCUCCCUUCGUUUUCCGAUCCACUAGUAGGCUUCGAGACUCGAGGCACUACGCUGUCACAUCGGUUUAUAGCUUGGGAAAAUCUCAUCGACGAAACGAGACCAUCUCGUAGAUUAGCUGUCAAUCCCAAGGAUAUCGAAGAUCAAAUACGUAUGAACCACACUUACUACAAUAGAACAAGAACAGAUAGACCUAGAUCAGGCCAUGGCCACAAAAACAAGAUUCGCAAGAAGAAGAAAAAAAAUCGCAACAAUAGCACUGGUAUUGAAAAAAUCUGGUAUAAUUCACCUGAAUCAAACAUAUCUGAUGGUCAUAUUCAUUGGGGAUAUGGUAAGAAUGUUUCAUUUGAAGACGAAAACACUGUCUUUCUCAAAGACCACACUCGGCGACAAUGGGUGUCAUUGAAGGAAAUGCAAAGACGGCCAGACAAGUCAAUCCAUCUUAAUUAUGCUUCUGGAAGCUGUGGUCCUCCUGUAUCUGACUAUGCCCAUUUGGUUAUUACUAGUUCUGAUAACUCAUCUUUACUUGCAUAUGAAAAUGUAGUUAAAAUGUGUAGAAUGCAGAAUCUUCUUGUAGUAUUAGGUGGAUCAAAAUAUUAUAAACUGUGUGAAAGAUCAAAUCAUCCUGAAGAGUUGUGCUGUCCUAUAUGGAGUGUGCCAAAUUAUAUAGCUUUAAUGUCUGGCAAGCGUUUCUGUGAAAAUUUAACUAGUGAAGAUGUAACUAAGACUGUUAGCAUAUUGAAGAGAUGUGCUGGCUACUUUCACAAUUUUACAUUAAUGGCAUCUUGUGAUUUAGACCGUUGCAAAGUACCAAAAUAUUGCUCUCAAUAUGAUGCCGUAUACAACUUACUUUUUUAUUUGAUAGAUUCAUAUGCAUUCUCUCCAGAAGAUAAUUCACAGACAUUUGUUCGUAAUUCCAUGAUAUUUCUUCCAAUACCAUAUAGCGUAACCUCACUACCUUUUUAUAUGAAAUUACAAAGUUCCAAUUUAUCUUAUGACAAUCUCAUUAUACCUGCUCUCGAUUUUGGAAUAAAGAAUGCAUUAUUUGAUGAAUGGUUAAUACAAGAUACUUGGCUGAUAGGUUUAGGAGGUAUUUUCGUGUUUUUAGGUGUAUGGUUUUACACUAAAUCUCUAAUUCUCACUUUGCUGUUAUUUACAGCUAUAGCAUAUUCACUUGGGAUAGCAUACUUCUUGUAUGUUUAUGUGUUCAAUUUGGAGUUUUUUCCCUUUAUGAAUUUAUUAGUAAUAGUUGUUGUAAUAGGUAUUGGAGCUGAUGAUGCAUUCCUGUAUGUGAAAGUAUGGAAUACAGUCAGCAAGCAGCUUAUAAGGGAUAACAUUGUAACUCAAGAUAACUGUUUAAAUGAUAUAAAGAAUGUGUCAAGUGCAGGGGAAACUAUUCUUGUACAAAUUCUAGAGGAGACUUUGAAGCAUUCAGUAGUGACUAUGUUCAUUACCACAAUUACAACUGCAGUUGCAUUUUAUGCCUCCUAUGUGAGUUACAUUCCAGCUAUAAACUGUUUCAGUGUGUUUGCUGGGACAGCUGUUCUAGUCAACUUUCUACUAAUGAUUACUUGGUUGCCAGUAUCAGUUUAUAUUAUAGAUGUUAAAAUGUGUACUAGCAAAGUAAAGGUAUUUGAUGUACUUAAUAAAACUUUAAGUGAAAUGUGGGAAGAUAUCAUAGUUGUUUUGAAUAGGUUUAUUGUUACAUGUGUAAUUAAACUGCACAUAGUGUAUGUUAUAGUAUUGGGUGCUAUAGGAAUUGGAAGUAUCAUUGUAGUAUUUUACUCUCCAGGGCUCAAGCUGCCAGAAUCUAAAGAAUUUCAGCUUUUUCACACUAGUCAUCCUAUGGAACAAUAUGAAAUGAAAUACCGUGAUAAUUUUCUGUUUGAAAGAUUUGGCAAAGACAUCGGUACUGGUAGUAAAAUGCCUCUUAGGUGGAUUUGGGGGGUAAAAGCCAUUGAUAAUGGUAAUCAUAUGAACCCAUAUUCUACAGGUCAUUUAAUAUUUGAUGACGGCUUUUCAAUAUCAAAUCCUGAGUCACAAUCAUGGUUGCUUAAGUUUUGUAUGAGAUUGAAGGCACAACCAUUUUAUCAACAGACAUUAGGUCCUUUGCUCCCAAAUUGUUUUAUUGAAAGUUUUAAAAUGUAUAUGGACAGAAGUUGCAUUGAUGAUAUUGACAAAAUCAACAGAACUCCAUGUUGUGAAUCAUCCCAGUUUCCUUACAAAAAGGAAGUAUUCGAUUUUUGUAUUAUAAAAGCUAUGGAAUCCUUAUAUAUGACACCUCGAGAACUUUUUAUGCCUGGAGUGGCAGGUCCUAAGUUCCUUAGAAGUGCUACCCCUCCUAUUGUGGUGGCAAUAGUAGUAGAAUUUGAAAGUGUGGUACCUUAUACUAUGUCUUACACUACUAUGAAUAACUUUUUCUUGCAUGUGGAAAACUGGACUCAAGUAGAAUUGGAAUCAGCGCCGCCAGGUAUGUCACGUGGAUGGUUCUUGUCAGAUCUACAAUUUUAUGACUUGCAAAGAACUUUAGCUAGUGGAACUGUAAUAGCACUAUUGCUAUCUGCAAGUUUAGGCUUUGUAGUUCUUAUUCCAGCUACUUUGAAUUGUAUUGUUAGCAUCUGUGCAUUGACUGCAAUGAUAUUUUCGUCCACUGUGACAAUAUCAAUCUUAGUUUUGAAUGAUUGGAAAUUGAAUGUUUUAGAAAGUGUUGCUAUAUCAACUUCAGCUGGAUUAGCUGUGGAUUUUAGUCUUCAUUAUGCUCUCAGUUAUACAAAUGCUAGUGGUUCAAAGACUGCCAGAGUAAAAUAUGCCCUUUCAGCAUCUGCUGGUCCAACAGCUGCUGCAGCCUUGACAACGGGAUUUGCUGGAAUAUUUCUUUUGCGUUCAAAUCUUCUUCCUUAUUCACAGAUUGGAAUAUUUUUAGCAUUAAUUAUGUCUGUUAGUUGGAUUUAUGCCACAUUUUUUUUGUGUUCCUUGCUUCAUUUAUUUGGAGGCAACUCUUCAAAGGAAUCUCUUUCAAAUGAACGUAAAUCAGUAUCACGGGUGAGCUCCAUUUGUUCUGGCUUACCAAAUUUAGAAAGCCAUGAACUAGAACAUUUGGCUGAUAGCAAUCGUACAAAUCUUACACAUUCUCAAAGUCCUUCCAGUGUCAGUGCUACUACUGUUGUAUUACAUGAAGAAUUUGAAAAUUCACAAAAUAAAAAUGAACUCAGAUCUAGUUGUAAUAAUAUUAUAGUUUGUGACAAGGACUGAAUGUUUAGGUCUAAUAAUAAUAUUAAGAAAUUUUGGAGUAUUUAUAGCAACUAAACAGUAUUAUGAAAUGUAUUAGUUAAUUUGAUCUGUAAGCUGAAUCUAUCCCUGAAUUAUUUAUUUUCUUGAAAAUAUUGCUACACAUCAUGACGCUUUUCUAUGUAUUUAUAACGAAAAAGAUUGUUUUGUAAAUAUUGUGAUUUUAAAUAUGCAGUAUUAAACCUGAGUAAUGAUCAUUGUGACAAUAACUAUCACAUAAAUAAUUCAUAUUUGACAAUACAAUACCUAUCUAAACGAGCUUAGCUUGAGCAUAACAAAUUAUUUUUCUUAUUUUCCGUGUCUUGUCUUGUUUUAGUCGCAGUUUAUAUUGUGAACUUAAUACCUUAUUUAGAAAUAAGUCAGUAUAGUAUCAAUUGUAACUUUUAAUAGAUACCUAAAAAGUAACCCCAAGCUGAAAGUUUAGAAUCUCCCCUCUUCUCAUUAAUUUAUUAUAAUGAUAAGACUUUAUGUAUUGCAGUUUUGUUUACAGUUUUACAAUCGGAUGUCAAUUUAAUGCAUAUAAUAGUAUUUUACAAAACUUAUUUUAUGCAAACUUGUUAGAAAUUCAUAGUAACAGCUAUAAUAGAAAAUAAUGUAGUUAAUUUUUUAUCUUACAAAAUAAACAAACUUCCCCAAAUAGAAUUAUUUGCUUAGUAUAUUUGUAUAAUAAUAAGACAUAAAAUGCACAAUAUUAAAAUUGUAACCACCGAUGAGUACUUACUUGACUGUACUAUGUACAACAGAAUAAACGUUAUAUUCACCUAUUUUAGUUGAUAGACAAAAAGAAUAGAUGUUAUUUAUAAGUCUUGUAAGGAUAAGAUGUUUAUACUAAGUCUUUGAUGUUUUUCUGGCUAUUGAGAAGUAAGAAAAUCGAAUAUUGAAUUUCGUGAACUUAUUUCUUAUUAGACAUAUACUUCUACUUAAUGGAAUAUUGUACUUUAAAAUAUU